AUGAGGUGGCGGCUGCCGGGCGCCUGUUUGACCCUUCCCGCCAGCGUCGCCUUGAUUCUCCUUCCGAUCUUGGUUGCUCCGCAGCAGCAGUCAGAUCCUUACGACUUUUCCGUCCCCCGAGCCUCGGUGCCCUCGGCGCCGGUCGAAGGAGAUGCUUUAUACUCCCGUGCGGCGACUUUAGCCGCCCCUCCCGUCGUGAAAUCCAACGAUGCGAGCGCCCUAGCAACUCUGGCUCUGGCGGGCUCCGGCCGCGCCGUUCGAGCCCCUCCCGUCCGGGCUAGCAGCACCGCUGCUGGUCUGGCUUCGCAGCUCAACGCGCGGUCCCUACAGGACUGGGAGGUCGAGGAUUUUGUGCUGCUGGCGACCGUCGACGGAACGAUUCACGCCAGAGACCGCAAGACCGGCGCCUCCCGCUGGGCCCUCGAGGUGCCCAGCAGUCCUUUGGUGGAAAGCAUAUACCAUCGUGCCAACCGUUCGAGCUUCGAUGACACUCAACCCGAGGACGACUUUUUGUGGAUUGUUGAGCCCAGCCAGGAUGGCAGCUUAUAUGUCUACAGCCCGGGUCCCGAAGCGGGCUUGCAGAAACUUGGACUGACCGUUAAGCAAUUGGUCGACCAGACACCAUACUCGGGUAUUCAGCCCGCUGUGACCUAUACCGCUCGCAAAGAGACCACGCUGUACACCAUUGACGCCCGGACGGGCAGUAUCAUUCGUGUGUUCAGCUCACGUGGCCCAUUCACAACCGGACAGGAGUGUCGUAAAGUGGAUGGCGUCGACGCGGAUGGUGAGGAGUGCGAGACCACCUCCGGCACACUGGUGCUGGGUCGUGUGGAAUAUGCCGUGGCAAUUCAGAAUACCGAGACGGGAGACCCGAUCUGUACCCUGAAGUACUCUGAGUGGGCUCCCAACAAUCGUGACAUGGAUCUCCAGAGCCAGUACUAUCGCACGAUGGACCAGAGCCACAUUUACAGCAUGCACGACGGUGUGGUGCUGGGCUUUGACCAUUCUCGAAUGGACCGACCGCGAUACACCCAGCGUUUCUCGUCCCCAGUGGCGCGUGUCUUUGAUGUCGUGCGGCCGGCGAACCAAGAUGCCCCCGAUGCUUCCGUUCCCCUGGUGCUCCUGUCACAACCUCUGCAGCCACCCGACCCAGACUACGGUACCUUGGAUGAUCGCGACACGCGAGUCUACAUUGAUUCCACAAAUGCCGGAGGAUGGUAUGCUUUGUCCGAGGAGACAUACCCCCUCGUGACUGGCCGAGCUCCAAUGGCCCAGUGUUAUGACAAAGAUUUCUUUCGCAAAGGCCAGCCGCUCAUGAGCUUGACCCCCAGCCAACAACGCGAUGCACUCUCCGGUGUUCACUCCCUGAACGGGCCCCGCAUCACCCCGUCGAUCCCUCGGCUGGGCAGCUCCUCAACGACUCCGAUUGCGAACGAUAUACCCAGGGAAGUUCUUCGGACCCCAUCAGAGCUGGCUUUGCCCCCGGCUCUUCGGCACAGCGCCAUCAUUCGCAAAAGUUGGGACAAUGCUUUGGAUAUUGUGGUCACGCUCAUCCUGCUGUUCGUCGGUACUUUCAUCUACUUUAACUCCCACCACAUCCGCGAUCUCGCCAAGCAGAAACUGGAUAUCAAAAAUAUGAUCAGCUCAAAUGACAAAUCAUCGCUCUCGGCUCCCCCCACGCCAAUCGUUGGUCGCGCACCGGACCUCAACCGACCUUCCACUCCCACUCCCCGGCUCCCUGAUGUCACCGUUGAUGUUGAUGUCCCCAAGGAGGACACCGAGGGUGAUUCGACUCCUCGUCCCUCGCGUGAUCACAGCGUGCCGGCAUCGUCGACACCCCGUGUGCAGAUCCGGGAACCCUCUCGGGGGCCCGAUGACGCCGAAGGAGACGAUGGUGCUCAAGAUCCCGACAAACCAUUGAAGAAGAAACCCCGCAAGCGUGGUACACGUGGUGGCAAAUCCCAUCGCAAGACCAAAAAACCGAGCGCCGAGGGUGACGCUGCCUUGGCUGACCGCGUCGUUGAGCAAGUGAACAACAUGGCCCCUCAGUCUCGUCUCGAGCCCGAUGUGCAGAUGGCUCGUACCGUCUCUAACGAAAUCGUUGAGAUGGACGGGGUGAUCCGAAUCGGCCGACUGGAAGUCUUCACGGAUGUUGUUCUGGGACAUGGUAGCCAUGGCACUGUGGUCUACCGAGGCCGCUUUGACGGUCGCAACGUCGCCGUCAAACGCAUGCUGAUGGAGUUUUACGACAUUGCAGCCCAUGAGGUUGGUUUGCUGCAAGAAAGUGACGAUCACCACAAUGUUAUCCGUUACUUCUGCCGGGAGCAGGCUGCUGGAUUCUUGUACAUCGGGUUGGAGCUCUGCCCAGGAUCAUUGCAAGACGUCAUUGAACGGCCUUCACAACUUCCUGAGUUGGUCCAAGGAGGUCUUGACCUGCCGGAUGUGUUGAAACAGAUCACUCAAGGAGUCCGCUACUUGCAUUCCCUGAAGAUUGUCCAUCGUGACUUGAAACCCCAAAACAUCUUGGUUGCCAUGUCUCGUGGCCGAUCGACCUCUCGAUCUUUGCGACUGCUCAUUUCCGAUUUUGGGCUCUGUAAGAAGCUCGAGGACAAUCAAAGCUCCUUCCGGGCCACCACCGCGCACGCCGCUGGAACAUCGGGAUGGCGGGCGCCAGAGUUGUUGGUCGAUGACGACAACAUGCCCAUGAGCUCCGAAUCGCAGCAUACCGAAUCCUCUGAACCAGCUGUUGUGGAUCCCCAGACUAACCGCCGAGCGACUCGCGCCAUUGAUAUUUUCUCCUUGGGUUGCGUGUUCUACUACGUUCUCACCCGGGGUAGUCACCCCUUCGAUAAGAAUGGAAAGUUCAUGCGAGAAGCCAAUAUUGUCAAAGGUCACUUUGACCUGGAGGAGCUAAACCGGUUGGGUGACUACGCUUUCGAAGCCGACGAUCUGAUUCGGUCGAUGUUGUCCCUCGAUCCUCGUCAACGGUAUGUCUUCAAAAAUACGCGCAACACUCGAGAUUGCAUGCAACUGACCUUGUUUUUCCCCCAUCAAUAUAGACCUGAUGCCAGCCACGUUUUGAUGCACCCUUUCUUCUGGCCUCCCUCAGAUCGACUGAGCUUCCUUUGUGACGUGUCGGACCAUUUUGAAUUUGAGUCUCGCGAUCCGCCCUCGGAUGCUCUGCUUUGUUUGGAAUCCGUGGCCGAGCAGGUCAUGGGUCCUGAGAUGGACUUCCUGCGUCUGCUUCCUCGCGACUUUAAGGACAAUCUGGGCAAGCAGCGGAAGUACACCGGAGGCAGGAUGUUGGAUCUUCUGCGUGCUUUGCGCAACAAGCGCAACCACUAUAACGAUAUGCCAGAAGGUCUCAAGGCUCACAUCGGCGGUCUGCCCGAAGGCUACCUGAACUUCUGGACGGUCCGCUUCCCCAGUCUGCUCAUGAGCUGCCACUGGGUGAUCACCGAACUCGGAUUGAUGAAGAUUGAUCGUUUUCAGCGAUACUUCACGCCUCCCGAGUGA